AAGUUGGUUUUAUAGUUAGUGGCUAUUAAGCUGCUGGCCUAUAAUGGCAUUUUCAAGCAGUCUGUUCAUGCUAAUGAGCAUACAUUUUAUAGCGCUCACUUAUGGUCAAGGUACUUCGACCAGGCCGGGAGAAUGUUUACCUGUACCUGAAGAUGACACCCGCGAGUGUUCACCUGAAGAUGAAAAUAGCUGCAUAACCGAUUCGGAUUGCCCUAAUUCAAAUGAAAAAUGUUGCAGCGAUGGUUGUAACCUUUUAUGUACUCGAAAUUUCAGUCCACCUGUUGCUCCUAUAACAUUGAAAGGAAAUCCAGGUGAUCCAGGAGACAAAGGAGACCCAGGAGUAAAAGGUGCUAAAGGUACCACUGGGCCUCGUGGGGUGAAAGGAGAUAAGGGUUUAGCAGGACCACCUGGUGAUAAUGGAAAAAGAGGAAAGCGUGGUAAACCUGGUCCACCUGGUCCUGCAUUUGGAGGAGGACCAGGUGGAGGUGAAAUACCUGUAGGACCACUAACUGGAGAAAAGGGUCCAGGACCUAAUGGAGAAGGGCUAGCUGGAAGCUUAGAAAGUGAAGGAUCAGUUGUUGCUAAAGAAGGUCCAAAAGGUCCAAUGGGGCCUGAUGGUAAACAAGGUCCUAGAGGACAGUAUGGUGAUCGUGGUGAACCAGGUCCUCAAGGUGAACCUGGCGAUCCUGGUGAAAAGGGCGCUCAAGGGCCAGCUGGAUCUCCAGGUACAAAUGGUCGUGAUGGCUUAAAUGGUGAACGUGGAGACCCUGGAACAAUAGGACCACCAGGCGAACCAGGUCCAGAAGGAUUGCAAGGACCCAGUGGAUUGGAUGGUCCACAAGGUUAUAAAGGAAACAAAGGUGAACAAGGACCAAGUGGUGAAAAAGGUUCUUCUGGAAAAGAAGGGGAAAAAGGUCAGGAAGGUGAAAAUGGAUUGAAAGGAGAUACUGGACCAGCAGGUCCUCGUGGGUUACAAGGACCUCCGGGACCCCAAGGACAAAUGGGUCCUACAGGAUUAAUGGGGCCUAUUGGAUCAAUAGGACUUCCAGGGCCACAGGGAUCGGCUGGUUUGCCUGGUACACCAGGAGAUCAAGGAGAAAGAGGACCUAAAGGAGAAACAGGAGCAACUGGUCCCAGAGGGGAGCGCGGUGAACAAGGAGAAAGAGGAAAGGCUGGAGAACCUGGUCAAAAAGGUUCAAAAGGGCCAUUAGGUUCAAGAGGCAGAGAUGGGUUUCGUGGAGAUAAAGGAAGUUCUGGCUCACCUGGUUCCCAAGGUCCAAGAGGUCUAGUAGGGCCUCGUGGUCAUCAGGGUUUGCAAGGAUCUGAUGGUAGUAUAGGUGAACCUGGUCCACGUGGUGCUCUUGGUGAACAAGGUCCUCAGGGUUUACAAGGUCCAAAGGGUAUGACUGGUGAUCCAGGAAGUCCUGGAAGUUCUGGUGCACCAGGACCAACUGGUUCUGUAGGAAAACCAGGUCGAGAUGGAAAUAUUGGCCCAGCUGGUCCUGAUGGACCUCCUGGUAUAUCUGGUAUACCAGGAAAUCCAGGAGAACCAGGAGCACCUGGAGAGAAAGGUCAGAGAGGAGAUCGUGGUCAAAUUGGUCAGCAAGGUAUAAAAGGUUCAACGGGUGCUCCUGGUGCUUCUGGUGAGAUGGGUGCUUCUGGUGAUAGAGGUAGUCCAGGUCCAGCAGGAAAACCUGGAACAUCUGGGAAGCAAGGAGCUCGGGGAAUCCCUGGAAAUGAUGGGCGACCAGGAGCAAUGGGACCAAUGGGUGAAAGAGGAUUACCUGGUAUCCCAGGUCUUCAAGGAAUGAAGGGUUCACCUGGAUUAUCAGGAGCUACUGGUGAAAAUGGUCGACCAGGAGAUAAGGGAACACAGGGAGAUAAAGGAUUAAAAGGUAACCAAGGACAAAUUGGUGAAUCUGGACCCAUUGGUUUAAAAGGAGAGCGCGGGCUAGCUGGGCCCACUGGUCAACCAGGACAUCAAGGACCUCCAGGUGCUCUCGGAGAAUCUGGUGCACCUGGAAAAGAUGGUGAUCCAGGUCAACCUGGCGAUCAAGGAAAUGAUGGGCGUCAAGGAGAGCAAGGUUUGCGAGGACCACCUGGUGUCAAAGGAGCCCCUGGGCCAAGAGGUGCUCCUGGAUUAGUUGGAGAACCUGGUGAACAAGGUUCUGAUGGUAUACCUGGUUAUAAAGGACCUUCAGGUCCUCCUGGAUUGCCUGGAGAUAAUGGUCAACCAGGAUCUUCUGGUCUACCAGGUUCAAAGGGACCCGAAGGAGAAAAAGGCCAACAUGGUGCACGAGGAGCUAAAGGUCAAACUGGAGAUGAAGGUAAAGAUGGAGCUAAAGGUCCUGAUGGACCUGCUGGUUUACAAGGACCACCUGGUGAAUCUGGUAUAAAAGGAGAACCUGGUCGAUCUGGAUCUAAUGGAUUACCUGGAAGGCGAGGAAACCCUGGACCACAAGGUAAUAAAGGACCAGCUGGGCAACCUGGUGAACCAGGUCCUGUUGGUCAUCCUGGAUCUGAUGGUGCAAAAGGUGAACUAGGAGCUCGUGGAGAAAAAGGUGAAACUGGUCCAGCUGGUGGAAAUGGUGAAGCAGGACAAAUUGGUGCUUUAGGUGCUGAAGGAGGAAGAGGAGAAAAAGGAGAUCGUGGUCAACCAGGUCCUCGUGGAAACCAAGGUUCUCCUGGAAAUGAUGGACCUAGAGGUAGGCGUGGUCCAAAUGGAAAUCCAGGACCUUCAGGUCGUCCUGGUCCUCAGGGAAAAGAUGGACCAAAAGGAUCUCCAGGUGAAACUGGUCAUCCAGGUAAACCAGGUGAAAAUGGGGCUCCUGGAUUUCCAGGUAAAGAUGGUCGAAAUGGUGAACCUGGAGAAGAUGGUAUUUCUGGUUUACCUGGAGAUAUAGGACCAGUUGGUCUUCCUGGACAACCUGGUCCACAAGGAAGAAUUGGGGCUUCUGGUUUUCCAGGAGCUCAAGGAACAGUUGGAACAAAAGGAGAGCCUGGUGUACCUGGUAAACCUGGUUUCAAAGGACAAAAAGGAUCUAUAGGAGCAAAUGGGUCUCCAGGACCAGUUGGAUUACCUGGAAAAUCUGGAAAAGAUGGUGCGCCUGGUACAGAUGGUAAAAAUGGAGAGCCAGGAGACAUUGGACCAAAAGGAAACUCUGGUGAAAAAGGAUUUUUAGGUUUACCUGGUGUUGUUGGAGCUCCAGGUUUAGCAGGACCUACAGGAGCUAAAGGAAGAGCUGGUGGUCCUGGUACUCGUGGAAUUGAUGGAUUAAAAGGAGCUGAUGGACCAAAAGGUCCAAAAGGAAAUAUUGGUUCUCGUGGAGCAAAGGGUUCUAAAGGUAACAAAGGGCAAAAUGGUGAAAAAGGAGAUAAAGGAUUUCGUGGGUUGACAGGACCUGAUGGUAUACAAGGUCUAAUGGGUAAACAAGGUGAAAUGGGUCUUGAUGGUAAUAAAGGAAGCAUUGGACAUCCGGGAAAUCAAGGACCAAGAGGUCGGCCUGGACGAGAUGGACUACCUGGAGAAAUGGGAGAUACUGGUGUAGAUGGAGUGAAGGGGGCUCCUGGAUUGAGAGGACAACCUGGAGAUGAUGGUCAUCCAGGAUCACCCGGACCUACAGGUCCACCAGGUCCACCUGGCGGGGUAAACAAUUUUGCAGCAGGUGGUCUGACUUCAUUUCCACCAAUGGGUAAUACAGAAAAAGGGCCUGGUUACCAGGGUUACAGAUACUAUCGUAGCGAACGAGGUGAGAAUUUUGUUGAAGCUACUGAAAAAAACAAAGAUACAGUAAUUGAAAAGCUUAUUAGGCUAGAAGAUAUUACACAAGGAGCACAGAAGCCAGAUGGAAGUGAAUAUUUUCCUGCUAAAUCAUGUAAAGAUCUGAAAAUGUGCCAUCCCAAUGUAAUAAGUGGGGAGUAUUAUAUUGAUCCAAGUUUGGGUGCAAAUGUGGAUAAAAUAAAAGUCACAUGCGAAUUUUACCCAACAGCUUCUGAAACCUGUAUUAAACCGACAGUAUCAAUGUUUGAAAAGAAAAAAUCGGUCUCUCAGAGCACUGAUCAAUGGAAAUGGUUCAAUGGAGAAAUCUCUUCAGAUUCCAUAUUCACUUAUGCAAGUCAAGUUCAGCUUCGCUUCUUACGUUUAAACAGUCAAUUUGUAAGACAGAAUUUAACUUAUCACUGUUUAAAUUCUCAUGCUCAUAACGAUUCCUUUGGUAACAAUCGACCAUAUGUCAAGAUAAUGUCAAGCGACGACAUAGAAAUUCACACGGGCAGCCAUAUGAAAAACAGGUUAAAGGUUCUUCAAGACCAGUGUAACAAAAAAGACAAUCAAUGGCAUAAAACUGUUUUUGAGUUUAGCAGCAAAAUAACUUCGCGUUUACCAAUUGUAGAUGUUGCAGUAUUUGACGUCGCUAACGUUGGAGAACAAUUUGGCAUUGAAUUAGGUCCAGUAUGUUUCUAUUAAUCAAAUAGAAUUUUUUAGAAUAAACAUUCUUUUACCAUUACAGUUUUUAUUCUUUGUACCAAAAUGUGUGAAUCUUGUGUAUAUUGGUGCACAAGUUUAGUCCUUAACAAAUUAGACAAUGAUUUAUUAUAUAUGCAAUAAAUUAUUUGAUGUAAAAAAAAAAUAUUAUUUUACGUUUAUUAUGACAAAAAAAUGCAA